AUGAGCGACAACGAGGCCGACGGAGGGUCGGUUCACCAUGACGACAACGAAGCUUUCAAACCACAGGAAGACUCUGGAUCCGAAUAUCACAGCGAAGAUGAUCAAAUCGACGACGAUGAUUCCGAGAAUGAGGCAAACUCUAUACGCAGCGGGUCUAGCAAGACAAGUGCAAGGUCUUCGAACGCUGGAUAUCUGAAGAAGUCAAACAUGAAAACAUCUGUUCAACCACAAAUUGUCAAAUCUUCGAAGGCUACAUACAGCGACGCCUAUCGUGAUUACUACAAUGAUCACGUGGAAGAGCUUGCCCAUCCCUUUCUUCCCAGGACAAGUGGAUUGCCUGCAUCAGAGAUCGGAAUAACUGUCUGGACACCUCUUGAGAAGGAAAUCCUAUUUCAGAAAGUUUCUACCUUGGGUAAGAACAAUAUCAAAGCAGUCUCGGACGCCAUCAAGACAAAGUCGGAAUCGGAAGUGCGCCAAUAUCUUACACUCCUGGACCAAGGAACUGUUGAGGGCAACGUGACGCUAGCACUGCCUGUGUUUUCUGCCGCCGACGUUUCACCAGCGGUUGAGAUCAGCAAGCAGUCAGAGGACUUGCUUGAAGAAUACGCAGACGGCCUUGCUAAAUACCAGCUGAAGAGCGAUCAAAAGAGGGAGAAAAAGAGACAUGGUGAUUACUGGUUGCUUACGGACGAGAUUGCAGAAGAAAUUGAGGAUGAGGUUAUGGCGCGUGAUGAGUGGUACAUGAAUUCCAAGAUAUACGACGAAGAGGAAGACGGGGAGCGAGAACUGGAACCGGAAGACACGGUAGAUGGCCAGGACAAUUUAAAUGGACAUCUCAAUGAUGUCAAGACAGACCAAGAUGGCUUCGAACCAGGCAUCAAUGGCGGACAGAGUAUCGCAAGGGAAGGAGCGCCUCAGACCGGGGAGCCUGACCAAGAGUUUGCCGAACCCGCAGAAGAACUCAUGGUACCUGCAGCGGAACUUCUCGAUCUUCCUAUGUGGCUCCGAUUGUCUCUGCUGUUCAUGCACCAACCGCCAGAGUCAGGCGACAGUUGGACCAACUUCGUCACGUCUCGUCAUGAGACGCCAUCGAUGUACCACACUGCCUUUCAAGAUUUUCACAACUUGACAGUCAGUUUGACCCGUCGUCUCGUACAGGCUACUAUCUUCCAGACAAUGACUCGUUUACGAGCAAGAGACAAGGACCAGCCAAGCACUACGAUAACAGUCAACGAUGUACGUACCGCCGCCGACAUCCUGGAAUUGCCACCGAACUCGCGUGAAUUCUGGUCAGGCGUCCCAAGAAGACAUGGACUUCGAGUGUACGAGCGUGGCUCAAAAUUCGCGAAAGGUCAGUCAAGAUCUGGUGCCGAGCUCAGUAUGGAAGAGACGGAGAAGAGGAUGGGCGUUGGUCAAACCUCUACUGUCAACGUCGAAACGGAUGACGAAGUUGUUCAUAGCGUCGAAGAUGGUGUGGAGGAUGAUAUUCUCGACCCAGACCGCUAUUACGAAGAUCCCGAACUCUGGACCGAAGGGUCUGAAAGCGAAGACGAGGUACCAAUUGCUAUACCCGACGAUGAACAGUCAAACGAAUCAGGAGAUGAAGCUGCAUACGACCCAGCGGACAGCGAAGAAGCUCAAGCUGCUGCCCGAGGGAAACGGCAUCGUCGUGGACGCAUGGAGCGCAACUUCCAGAAGGCUCAUGAUACUUACCUCGAAGCUAUGGACCAAGAGAUCAGUAGAAUACAUGAGGUGGAGAUGUGGGAUACUCUCGGCAUGCCACCGCCCAAUGAGAUUAAAAACGAAGAAAUCGAGAUACCUCGACAACCAGUCAACAAGAGACGGCUCUCUGAUAUCGUGGACUGGAGGAGCGGUCUCGAGUACCAGCCACCAUGGGAGCAUGGACUUGAGGCUGUUCAGCCGGAAGAGUUUGCAAACAUGUGCAGACGCGGCGAACAGGGGAAAAAGAAAAGACGUUUGGCUUAUGAAUAUCUUGAGCAAAAAGGUCUUAUUACGCUUCCUCCGCAGGCGCCUGAACCUAUCGUUGUCAGGAAGAAGGCCAAUCCGACUGACACCGAUGUCGAGAUGGAAGAUGUCCCGAACGAAGAAGCGGUCAUUCCUACAACAGAAACUCUCGACGAUGGAGUGCCGAGAAAGAAGCAUCCAAACCCUAUACUCAGCAGAGUUCAGAGCAGGGCAUCCUCCAUGAGGGAGAGUUCACAGGAUUCUGUUCGCAGCGACAAGUCUAAUCCACGAGGUCUGAGUCUGGCAGGUCGUCUACUCAGUCGAGCACCUACCCAGCAAAUCGAAAGCAACGCGAAGCAAGUCGACGAGGAAGAAAGACUUGCCGCUGAAAAACUGCAGGCUGAGAAGCUGGCAAAGGAAGAAAAGAGAAAGGCCAGAGCAGCUCGCAAGUUGAUGUCAGCAGAAGAAAAGCAGGCGUUAGACGAAGAGCUGAAAGAGGAACGGAAGCGGAACAAGAGACUGCAAAGACAACAAGAGAAGAAGCAAAAAGAUGAAGAGGAGAAGCAGAGGAUCAAAGAAGAGAAGCAAAAAGUCAAAGAAGAAAAGAAGAGAGCAAAGGAAGCAAAGCGCAAGUCUAUCUCAGGAAAGAUGUCGGUGGAAACUGAAAGCACUGUCACGCCCAAAGAGGAACAGGAGCUGUCUAGAUCCCCAGAGGACGGGGUUCAUGAAGACGUGAUCAGCCAAGGAGUGAACGCUGAAGAGGAUGAGCAAGCGAGCAUUCAUGAAGAAAGCCGGGCAGAAUCAAAGGAACCAGCACGUUCGACAAGAUCUCGAAGCAGGAAGCCGAAGAGGAAAUCUGGAUUCUAA